AUGGAGUCUUUUUGGAAUCUCGCCUUUCUACUGGAACCAGCACCGCUGACUCUUAUUUUGACUGCCAUAGCUGUGACAUAUGGAUCGGCUUCUCGAGCUCUGAGCUAUGGGAAAGAAAUGGAGAGGAAUCGGGAUUUAUCUGAAGCAUCUAUUACUUUGGACAGGUCCCAAGCUUUGAUGAUCCCAGUCAUGAGCUCUUGCAGCUUGCUUCUGAUGUUCUAUUUGUUCUCUUCUGUUUCACAACUUCUAACUGGUUUCACUGCGAUUGCCUCAGCUUCCGCUCUCUAUUUCUGCUUAGCGCCCUAUGUUACUCAUGUCAAGUCCCAGUUUGGUUUGGCUGACCCUUUCAUCUCUCGCUGUUGUGCAAAGUCAUUUACCCGGAUGCAAGGACUUCUUUUGUUGCUAUGCACAGCUACUGUUGUGGCAUGGCUUAUAACUGGGCAUUGGGUGUUGAACAAUUUGUUGGGGAUUUCCCUCUGUAUUGCUUUUGUGAGUCAUGUGCGCCUUCCGAACAUUAAGAUAUGCGCAAUGCUCCUUGUCUGUUUGUUUGUGUAUGAUAUCUUCUGGGUAUUUUUCUCAGAGAGGUUUUUUGGAGCAAAUGUUAUGGUAUCAGUUGCAACACAGCAAGCAUCCAACCCUGUUCACACGGUUGCUAAUAGCUUGAACCUUCCUGGACUACAAAUGAUCACGAAGAAACUAGAGUUGCCUGUCAAGAUUGUCUUCCCCCGGAAUUUGUUGGGUGGAGUAGUUCCUGGAAAUAAUGUUACUGACUUCAUGAUGCUUGGCCUUGGUGACAUGGCUAUUCCUUCUAUGCUGUUGGCAUUGGUUCUCUUUUUUGAUUAUAGAAAAAGCAAGGAUUCAGAGAAUGCCUUGGAUAUGCCACCAACAAAGGGUUUUAAAUACAUUCGAUAUGCCCUGUUUGGAUACGCAGUUGGCCUUGUAACAGCAUUAUCAGCGGGCAUUUUGACACGCUCGCCACAACCAGCCCUUCUGUACCUGGUUCCUUCUACUUUAGGUCCCAUAAUUGUCAUCUCUUGGGUGAGAAAAGAGUUUUUGGAGCUUUGGGAAGGAUCACAUCUGAACACCAAUGACAAAAUUCGUUUAUCAGAACCUUGA